AAGUCCCGUCCUAGUUAAGGGUGGCUGGAGGCGCUUGGUUACUUCGUCCCCACUAGCACUGGCGGAGUCUGCGCGAUGGGCGACCCGGAAAGGCCGGAAGCGGCCAGGCCCGAGCAGGUAGAGAGGUUAUCUUCAGAUACCAAUGAAGACGAAGAACCACUCCUAAGGAAGAGUUCUCGCCGGUUUGUCAUCUUUCCAAUCCAGUACCCCGAUAUUUGGAAGAUGUAUAAGCAAGCACAGGCAUCCUUCUGGACUGCAGAAGAGGUUGACUUAUCAAAGGAUCUCCCUCACUGGAACAGGCUCACGUCAGAUGAGAAGUACUUCAUCUCUUACAUAUUGGCCUUUUUUGCAGCCAGUGAUGGAAUUGUAAAUGAAAAUUUGGUGGAGCGCUUUAGUCAGGAGGUGCAAGUUCCAGAGGCCCGCUGUUUCUAUGGCUUUCAAAUCCUCAUCGAGAAUGUUCACUCAGAGAUGUACAGUUUGCUAAUAGACACUUACAUCAGAGAUCCCAAAAAAAGGGAAUUUUUAUUUAAUGCAAUUGAAACAAUGCCAUAUGUUAAGAAAAAAGCAGAUUGGGCACUGCGAUGGAUAGCAGAUAGAAAAUCUACUUUUGGGGAGAGGGUGGUGGCCUUUGCUGCCGUAGAAGGAAUUUUCUUCUCGGGAUCUUUUGCUGCUAUAUUCUGGCUGAAGAAGAGAGGCCUGAUGCCUGGACUCACUUUUUCCAAUGAACUCAUCAGCAGAGAUGAAGGACUGCACUGUGACUUUGCUUGCUUGAUGUUCCAGUAUUUAGUGAAUAAGCCUUCAGAAGAGCGAGUCCGAGAGAUCAUUGUGAACGCUGUGGAAAUUGAGCAGGAGUUUUUAACAGAAGCCUUGCCUGUCGGCCUCAUUGGGAUGAACUGCAUUUUGAUGAAACAGUACAUUGAGUUUGUAGCAGACAGAUUACUCAUGGAACUUGGAUUCGCAAAGGUCUUCCAGGCAGAAAAUCCCUUUGAUUUCAUGGAAAACAUUUCUUUAGAAGGCAAAACAAAUUUCUUUGAGAAACGGGUUUCAGAGUAUCAGCGUUUUGCAGUUAUGGCGGAAACCACAGAUAAUGUCUUCACCUUAGAUGCCGAUUUUUAAAACCCUCUGUAAACCCAUCACUGGAGAGAUAGCAGUAUAUUUUUCCAUGCUUUUUCCCCCACCCCUAAACAUGAAGUAUCUCCUUGAAGAGGGGGCAUUUAUUUAAAAGGAAAUCCCAAACCAACUUCAGUCAAGUUGAUUUAUAUCAAGAUGCUUUUUAUUUUCUUGUAUAACGGCAAGACUGUGACCUACAUGCCCUUGUUUUGUCACCAGAAUGUAAGGUGGCUGGCACUAUGGGGUGAAGGGUAAGAAAUGAGUUUUGGAUUCCAUGCUUGUUCCUUUGUAUGACCCUUAGCAAGACUUCAACAUACUUAUCUUUUAAACGGGUCUAAUAGUAGGUCCUACAUGUGCAAUAUAGAUGUGAGAAUUAAGAUGUGAAAAUAAGUGUUUUGCCAACUACCACCACACCGUUAUUUAUCAUUAUUAUGAUUGUUAGUAGUGUUAAUUACAGUAAUGUGGCAAAAACGCUAUUACCUCCUUAAAGUAAUCGUGAUUCUAGAUCAUUCGAUCUAGAAUUAAGUCCACCUUUGUACUUUUAAUGUCUGGGAGAAGAAUGUAAGGAUUUCCUUAAAAAGAUGAUAACUCUCAUAAACAUGAAAACAGACUUUUUUUUUUUUAAUUUGUUGGAAGGAAAUGUAGUUCUUUGUUGCUUUGGGAAGAAUACCAGUGGAGAAUCCAUGACGUUAUCACAGCAGGUGGCCUUGUGGACACUGAACAAAGCUGUUCUUCAGAAAUGAACAGUGUUGAUGAUUGUCAAAGUUAGCCCUGUAAAAUCCUCAGAACCUGAACGCAUUGGACAGAAGAGCAUUCCCUGAAGACUAUUCUCAGAGCUGUCAGCCUUCCUGGCUCUUGUGGGAGGUAAAGGGAUGUAGCAGUCAGAUGAGAUUGGUAAAUGCUGUGCACGACAUUCCUCUUUCAAAUGCAUAGUUAGUACAUCCAAGACUGGCUCUGCAGUGAGCCUAUGUCAUCGUGUAUAUUACAAACCUCCUUAACACUGAGGUGUUUUUCUCCUGUCGUUAACAUCCUGUUGUGCUAGCGUUCAUCAGAAUAUAAAUGAGGGAAUGCUGUUCUGGCACCAUUACCAUAUAUUAGAAAGGCUGUAUGGACCAAGAAAGGAAGGCCAUGGUAGGGGUUAUUGACCUGUUUCAAACUUGUGCCAAGUUUGCUUCAACUUUUGCUGUGUUUCUUAGUGUAUGUCCUUAAAAACUCUUUGUUGCUGUUAUGAGAGGGCAUUGUGUGUUACAGACUAGAGAUGGUGAGGGUGGCAGAGGUCGGUCCUCAGGAGAUUAAGACCAGAAAUCAAGAGUUCUGAGUGUAGUCUGGCCCCCUCUUCAAUUUCUAAAAGUGUGUUGGGGUCCUGGUUUUCAGCCAACUACUUCAUAAAGCUCUGAAAGUUACCAUUUGGAGAUUUUCUUCUUUAUAUGAGUUUUUCCUGCCCCAUUCAUCCUGCAGUUAUCUAAUUGAUCAAAACUGGGGGUUCUCAAGUGAAACAGCUCGUGCCCUUGUUAUCAGAGAAGAAAUCAGAAAGCAGUGCUGUCUGGUGUAUGAUAGCACCAUUUACUCAGUUGCUGCCUGGUUCAUCUGGUGUUUUUACGUCUCACUUGUUCUCACAGUCUUCCUGAACCUGACAGAGCAGCUACAAUGGCAGUGUUACAGAUGGCGAGAGGAAAGCUCAGCCAUGUCACAGGAGUUGGCCAAGGUCUCAUGGUUACUGCCCCUACUGUAUCAUUUUUUUUGGAAGUUGUCCUGACUUGUAUUUCCAGCCAUCUUGAUUUGAUUGUUGCCUGUUUCCUCAUUGAUUAAAACAUCACAUAGUAGUACAGCAUUUAUAUAUAUGAUGCUUUAAAGGAUCAAAAUACACAGCAACUUUGAAUUAUAUCCAGAUAAUAAGUCCACACAUGUUUAUCCACUGACAUAUUAAACUUAACACUUAAAACCAGUAAUGCCCGAGAGCAGGCAUUUGACACUGCUGGUACCAUGCUGCAUGGGACCCCAGCAUCCCUCAGGGGAAUGCCUGGUUCAGACUCGAGCUUCCUACUAAUGCGCAUUCUGGGAAGGCAGCAAAUGAUGACUUAAGAACUUUAUUCCCUGCCACUCACGUUGAAGAACUGAAUGCAGUUUCUGGCUUCUGGCUUUGGCCUAGCCCAACCUUGAGUGUUGUGGCAAUUGGCCAUGAACCAGCAGGUGGAAGAUUUGGCUGUCUGCAGGUCUCUCUUCUUUCAAA